AUGAUGAGAAGUAAGUGCACAGAUGUUAAAAAGCAUGAUAAUGUAGACGAAGAAAAUGCAUCAGCGCUGAAACAUAAACAAGAUGAAAUAACUGCUACGGAAAAUAUCUUAAAUGCAAUGAUGUAUUAUCGACGCUAUGGGAUUAUCAAAAUUCAUUCAUGUAUCUCAUCAUUUCACAAAUUGUCAGAGGAACAGAGAGCUUCGCUUUCUCCAUUAUAUCAAAGUCAUCUUGUGAGAAUGAAAGAUUGCAUUGUUCACAAUCAGAAAAUAUUAAAAGAAAUUAUGCAGUGUGGCGUGAGUAUGUUUGGAGAUGAGUUUGCUUUACGCCGUGCUGCUCAAAUUACACAGUUGAGACCAUCGGAUGAUCACUACAUGUCAAAAGUAAAGAGUACCUUGAAACAAAUUGUUCGAGAUUGGAGUAGUGAAGGUGAAGCUGAACGAAAUGGUUGUUACAGCAAUGCGGUGCGUAUUCUCUGUGAACGUUUUCCGGAUAAAGAUGUCCGACCAAUGAUUGAAGUUUUGGUGCCGGGUGCUGGGUUGGGAAGAUUAGUUUGGGAACUCGUUGCCCAGGGUUUCUCUGUGCAGGGAAAUGAAUUUUCAAUUUUAAUGCUUCUAACAUCAAAUUUCAUUCUCAAUCAGUGCAAAAAGGCAAAUGAAAAUGUAAUUUAUCCAUAUGUAUUGGAUACAUGCAAUAAUUGGUCAUACGAAGAUCAGUUGAGGCCUGUACGCUUUCCAGAUGUGUGUCCUGUAGUCGGUGAUGAUAGGCGAAAUAAGUUUUCGAUGUGCGCGGGUGAUUUUCUGGAAGCCAAAAAAGAUGAGAUAAAUCAUUGGGAUGUUAUUGUUACAGUUUUCUUUAUCGAUACAGCGAUCAAUGUACUGGAUUACAUUGACACAAUUCAUAGGAUUUUGAAAAAAGAUGGAAUUUGGAUCAAUUUUGGGCCACUCACUUAUCAUUUUGCUGAUGACGAAGCAGAAAAUUCAAUCGAGCUUCCGUAUGAUUCAAUCAUCGAGUAUGUGAGAGCUAAAGGUUUUAGGUUUGAAUGUGAUGAUCGGUCAAACAAAUCUAAUCUGGCAUUUUAUGCGUGCAAUCCGAAGUCAAUGUUACGUUAUCAGUAUCACUGUGGGUUUUUCAUAUGCACAAAAUUACCAGGGUCAGUAUCAGUUGUAGAAAGUGAGAAAUACUGGGCAGCUCCACGUUUGAUUCGUGCAAACUGGCAUGAGGCACACAUCAUUCGUUGGCAACGUCUCAAUAACGUCUCUGGCGCUUAUAUCGUCUGCGUGUCUGGUCAGUUAUUCAAUAUUUACGUUGUGGGUUCUGAUCGUUUGAAUAUAUUGGAUUCAACACGGGCUCAUCCCUACUGUCUAACAGAUGUUGACUGGUGCUCAAGUGAUUCUAAUAUAAUACUGUCGAGUUCAAUUGACGAUGCACUGAAAUGCUGGGAUUUACGGGAUCUGCGGCAUCCUUGCUUGCAAGUGCCAGUUAUAGGUGGUGCAGAACAGGCAAAGUGGUCUCCUUUAUCAGUUAAUUUGUUUUGCAGUUCUCAUGGCACUGAUAUACGAUUGUGGGAUAGGCGAAGUAUCAAACUGCCCUUUCAAGCUGUCUCAGCUCAUAUGCAGAAAAUUCGUUGUCUCACGUGGCAUCCUGUGAACACAGCAUGUUUUUUAACUGGUGGCUUGGAUGGUUAUGUUAAAAUGUGGGACAGCAAUGAUCUGACAAAACCUCGACAUUCAUUGGGUAUGCUACCAGCUCCAAUUUGGAAGAUAAAAUUUUCGAGCGAUGGCGACGAAUUUGCGUCAAUACCUCUUCCUUUUUAUGGACAAUUAGAAGAAAACUGUACGUUAAGCUUAUGGAAGACUAAGAACCUUGAGAUCAUUCAAUGUGAUAAUGACAUUUUGUUGGACUUGUGUUGGCAGAAGUAUAAUAUGCAAGGAGGAGCUUAUCGCUGUCUAUAUUCUGCAUCAAGACAUGGAAAAUUAAGGAAAUACAAUUUGCCAACAUUUGUUGGUUUGGAAAGCGAACCAAUAAUAAAGGAAGAAAAAAAUUUAAGAAGUGAUGAAAGUGAUGAGAAUGCAUUUGUUUUUGAUGAAGAAAUUCGAGAGCUAGAACCAGAUCUCUAUGUUAUAACAGAUAACGUAACUAAAAGCAGUAUUGAAAGUAUGAAUGAGGGACUGUUCGGAAAACAUGAAGGAGACAUUAUUGAGAACGGGCUUUGUUUGAUGGUACCGAGAAAAAUUGAUGUUCUGAUUAACGAGCUGAUUUCGCUCGAACAUAAAACUGAAGGGGAUUUGAUUAUUAAACAGAUUGAUGACAAAUACAAUUCGAUUGUGCUCAGUAAAGAUACUGCUUCUGAAUGCCAACUGAAAAUUGUCUUGUCGCUGGAAGCCGGAACGGAAGAAACAACACACAUAAUUAUUAAAAUCAUUAGUGCAAAUGGUUAUUUACGUGUUGGUGAAAUUGGGACUAUUUUAGAGAGGUUGUCGAAAGAAGCAGGUGCCAUCAGCUUAUCUCCAAAAGACGAAUCAGCAUUGCUUAUCAUCUUACAUAAAUUGUUUGAGAUAAUGGAAUCAAUGAAAGUACGUACAUUGUCGUCAUUAUCACUCUCAGUUUCCUAUGACCGUUGGAUACCAUCUCCUCGCACAUGCGGAGCACGUUUUAAUGGUUCAGGAUUUUUGGUCAUUUUUGGACGAAACGAAUUUGCCUUACGACGUAUACAAUCGAGUAAAGCUUCAUUAGAAGAUGAAUCACUAUGGAUUUCAGCUGAACGACUCUCUCAAACAAUAAAAAGCAUCCCAUCAAAAAAAAGUUCACAUAAUUUUCUUGGUGAUGAACAAGUUGUUGACGGAAAACCACAUUCCCCUGAUGAUUGUAAGCAGGAAUUAAAACACUGUACCUUAGGUUCUGAUGCAGUUCUCAGAGUUAUUCGUGCGCAAAACUCUCUUACUUAUGAGAAAUGUACUUCACCUCUAUGUAAUUCAACUUCUGGGACCCCAAUUUUUCCUUGUAAUAUGGCUGUACUCCAUCAAAAAUUUGAUUUUACCAACAACGGAACAUUCCCACGUGUUGGAAUGCUCCCAAGUAAUUCGUUAGCAGUAUUGGGCAGUACGUGUAGUAACAGUAAUCAAAAUGCUCGAUUGCAUCGUCACCGUGGAAACUCAGGAACAAAUGUUCUUGCUGAUGAUCAUCACUACGUGAAUGACUGCACACCAUUAUCAGUGGUAGUUAUUUACGAUGUAUCAGUUCUGAUGUCAGUUAGUAGGAAACUUGCUCGCAAAUAUCGCCUUCUUGGUACUAAUGCCUUAGAGUUGUGCAUGUGGAAUCGAAAAGUGGUUGAGGAGGUAGGACGCAAUGAUCUGGCAAAAAUAUGGCAAAUUGUUGAGCUUUAUGUACGUUUAGGGAAAUCAAGUUGGCGUAAGCACUAUGUCCUUGAUGAUGGCGCAACAAAUACCAAUGCUAUGAGUAAUCCUGGAACUUCUAAGGAAAAUCUUUCAAAAGAAGACUGUUUAAAUAUAGCACUACAUCCGUUCGGACGUUCUCUUAUUAGCAGUUUAUUGGAUUAUUUUUCGCGUGUGAAUGACUACCAAACAGCUGCCAUGGUUAUUUGUACGUUAAGUCUUAAAAAUGAACGAAUUUGCGAAACUGUUGACUCUAAAGCAGAUUUAGAAGCCAGCCGCUUUCUUCAUUAUAGACGUUCAAUUAGUACUUCUGUUCAUGCUCCUGCGGGCUCAGUUUAUAACACCUUUCAUGGCAGUUCAAUAUUGAACCCCAAUUUUCGGUCAUUUCAACAGGAAAAGGAAAAAUUGAAUAAAAGCGAGCAACCUUCUUCAGUAACAUUUGCCUCGAAGACCUCUCGAAAUUUUUCAUCAUUACUUCAAAAUGCUUUUAUUGGUCACCGUUCGACUCAAACGCCAAAAACAGAACUUGACAGGUUGUGCUGCCGCACUGCAUCUGAUAUAUCGGAGGCUUCAGAUAUCUCAAAACCUGUGCGUACAAUAACUAAUAAUGAAAGAUCGUUUUAUAGCUUUCUGGAUCCUGCUUAUAACGAUCGAUUUGAUGAAAUACGUCAUCAGUAUGCUGAUCUACUCUUCAGAUGGAAAAUGUUUUCAAAAGCAGCUGAAGUGUUGAAAUACAGCAGGAGUGUAGUUUAUUCUACUUCAUUGCGUGUCCGUAGCGCUUGUCCUAAAUGUGGAAACAAAGAGAUAGAUUUCAAAUGUGAAAGGUGUGACAUUCGUUGGAUGUUUUUUUGUUCACUAUGUCAACUACCUGCAUCAGGCGUGGUGACAUUGUGUGCCGUAUGUGGACAUGGUGGUCAUGCUGAACACAUGGUGUCAUGGUUCAAGGAAAAUAACCACUGCGCUUAUGGGUGUGGAUGUGACUGUAAAGCCAUGUACUUGUAGAU